CCUCGCCUUUCCCCUCCCCCCUUUCCCGUCCCCACCCCCUCGGCCGCUCCGCUCCCUGGCGUGACUCGGCACUGAGAGUCCCGGAGAAGACGCCACAGUCGCCACCUCCUGCGACCAGGCCUCGGCCUCCCUGAGCCUCCCCCUCUUCCUCUCCCGGGUCGUCGUCUUCAGUUUUGAAGCCGGUGGCGUCGCGGCCGCCCUGCCGGGCUGAGAAUGGUGGGAGUGAAACCGGUCGGGAGCGACCCGGAUUUCCAGCCGGAGCUGAGCGGCGCGGGCUCCAGACUCGCCGUGGUCAAGUUCACCAUGCGAGGGUGUGGACCUUGUUUAAGGAUUGCCCCAGCGUUCAGUUCUAUGAGUAAUAAGUAUCCACAGGCAGUUUUCCUGGAAGUAGAUGUGCAUCAGUGUCAGGGAACAGCUGCCACCAACAAUAUAUCAGCAACACCUACAUUUCUGUUUUUUCGAAACAAAGUGAGAAUUGAUCAAUAUCAAGGAGCAGAUGCUGUGGGAUUAGAAGAAAAAAUCAAGCAGCACUUAGAAAAUGACCCUGGAAGCAAUGAGGACACAGAUAUUCCAAAAGGCUAUAUGGAUUUAAUGCCUUUUAUUAACAAAGCUGGCUGUGAAUGUCUUAAUGAAAGCGAUGAGCAUGGAUUUGACAACUGUUUACGAAAAGAUAUGACCUUCUUGGAAUCUGAUUGUGAUGAACAGCUACUUAUUACUGUGGCAUUUAAUCAACCUGUUAAGCUUUAUUCAAUGAAAUUUCAAGGGCCAGAUAAUGGUCAGGGUCCUAAAUAUGUAAAAAUUUUUAUCAAUCUACCCCGAUCUAUGGAUUUUGAAGAAGCAGAAAGAAGUGAACCAACUCAAGCUCUGGACCUCACAGAGGAUGACAUUAAAGAAGAUGGUAUUGUCCCACUUCGUUACGUUAAGUUUCAGAAUGUUAACAGUGUAACUGUAAGUAGUAUUUCCACGACAUUUGAUGGGUUUGUGGGUGACAGUCCAUGCUAUCUUCAGUGUCCCAGGUGGUUCUAAAUGGCCCUCUAAAGUAGGUUUUUGUCCUCUUGAUUUGAAAUGAGUGAAAAGUA